AUGGAUGAUGACAGCAGCGGCCGCCGCGCCGCUCCUGUGCGUGCAAAUUCGACUCGCUCCUGGAAGUCAGAUAUGAUGGACGUUUGCCAGUUGCCACGGUUCUCGUUCCGGAACGAGACAAGAGGGGAGGAGGUCCCGGCCCCCUCCCUGCACACACGGAAGAAACAAAAAGAAUCGGAUAUCUGGGAUCUCGAGAAAGACCAGAACAACAUAUUACAGCGAGGCGAGAAGAAAAGCACAGCCACGCAGCACGACCCCUACCCUCCCUGCGUGGGCGUGUGGCCAAGUAGGAGAGAAGGCCAAGAAGGCUUCAAAAGCUUUUCAUUUCAAGAGCGGAGACUGAAGAGAGCGUACUGCUUCAGGCUUCUCUUCCUCCAGACUCACUUCUUCUGCAGAGACCUCGGGAGCUGGAUCACUCGAGCUCGAUUUCAGAGAACUUCUAGGAAUGUGAAGGCUUGUUGUAUUCAUGUCCCUGAAGAGGUCCAGGACUACUGGAACAAGAUGUUCUCAGAAGGGUAUCAAGCCGAUGUCUCUAUCUCGACAGAUGAUGGAACCAAGAUUUUAUCACAUUCAUGCAUCCUUGGCAUCAGAUCUCCUAUUCUAAGAAACAUGCUGGAAGAAGCUACAGUACAAAAUGGUUUCAGACAUAUCCUGAUUCCUGGUGUACCAUCAGAAGCGGUCCAUGUCUUCAUCAGAUACCUAUAUUCUUCACGUUUCAAGCAGGAUGAGAUGAAGAAAUAUGCUCUUCACUUGCUUGUACUCUCUCACGCUUUCUCGGUACCAUCCCUGAAGAUUGUCUGCACCGACCAACUUGAGAGAUUUUUUCUUGCUCCUGAUAACGUGGUAGACAUGCUACAACUGGCUAGACUAUGUGAUGCACCAAGGCUCUCGCUCGUCUGUACCCGUAUGAUCGUUGGAGAUUUCAAGACUAUCUCUCUGUCGGAAGGGUGGAAGGUGAUGAGACAGAUCAACCCAAGCCUAGAACAAGAGCUUCUUGAGUCUCUUGUUGAAGUGGAUACAAGAAGGCAAGAAAGAACUAAAAGGAUGGAGGAGAAGAAGGUUUAUCUCCAACUACAUGAAGCUAUGGAAGCCCUUGUUCAUAUAUGCGGAGACGGAUGUAGGACAAUUGGUCCUUGGGAUCAAAAACUCAAGGGCAGUCAAGCUGCUUGCAAGUUUCCUGCCUGCAAGGGUGUUGAGCUGCUCGUGCGCCAUUUCGCAGCAUGCAAAAUGCGGGUGCCUGGUGGCUGCGCCAACUGCAAGCGCAUAUGGCAACUUCUUGAGCUGCAUUCUUGCAUGUGUCCCACAACAGACAGCUGCAGGGUUCCUCUAUGCAGGCAUUUUAGAAUGAAGAUGCAACAGCUGGGGAAGAAAGAAAAGAUAAAAUGGGACCUUUUGGCGUGUAAGGUGCUAGAGAGCAAAGGAACAAUCAGUUCCAUCCCAACAAGGAGAAAGCUAACAUCCAAGGCAGUUGGAAGUUGCCGUGUAGUUUGACAGCGAAGAUGUUCCUUCGGACAUCUGAGCAUCUGAAUCAUU